AAUGUCUGGAACUGAUGAUUUUUCGUUGGCAGAUGCUUUACCAGAUCAGUCGCCUGCUAAAACCUCCAAAGUGAGCAGUACAAAACCUGGUCAACAGCCUGGUCAGCCACCGCAGGGUUGGCCAGCUUCGAAUCCUUGGAACAACCCAAGCGCUCCCCCUACGGCGCCAACCGGACUGCCACCAAAUACGUCCGCUUCCAGUGUGCCAUUCGGACCUCCGCCAACAGGAAUGUAUCCUUCAAUGCCCCCUGGACCGCCUGCUCCAUUUCCUCCUCCUCCUACUGGACCCUCUUGCCCUCCUCCUGGUGGUCCAUAUCCACCCCCAACUGUGCCAGGUCCUGUCCCACCAGGGCAAUAUCCUCCACCAAAUAUGCCCUUUCCAGAGCUUCCAAGACCUUAUGGUGGUCCAACAGAGCCGGCUGCACCUCCUGCUCCCGUUGGGCCAUGGGGAUCCAUGCCCUCUGGAGCAUGGGGACCAACAAUGGGAGGGCAGUAUCCUGCACCCAGCAUGCCAUAUCCACCCCCAGGGCCAUAUUCCGCUCCUACCCAGACUCCAGGGGCUGCGCCAACAGUACCAUGGGGUACGGUCCCACCUGGAACAUGGGGACCUUCACCGCCAGGUCCAUUUCCUCCACCCACAGGAUCAUAUCCGGCUCCAGGACUAUAUCCUACGCCCCCUAAUCCUUUUCAAGUGCCAUCUGGUCCUGCUGGUGCUCCGUCAAUGCCUGGUGGUCCCCACCCUUACCGUUGAAUACAUUCUGGGCAACAAAAUACUGUAGUUUUCCACCUUCAUCCACUACUUACAGAGAUUUUUACAGUUUUUGUUUCAGUAAUGUUUGGGGCUAUGAAGAAUACUUGCCUCUUGUAUGUGCAUUUGAGGUAUGAAGGAGCAGUUUGCGUAAAUUUACCUUGCUCAUAUGCUGGCAUAAUUGUUUGGUUUAAUAAAGUGAAUUGCGAAGAGCAGAAAUAAAACUAAUAUCUGUGGUUCUUAUGUUGGCAAGUAUUCCUUGGAAAAAUGGGAGUUGCCAAGUAAGGAUUAUAAAGAAUGAGGCCCAAGGACUUAAAAAAAAAAAAUUAAAAAAAAAAUUAAUCCUUAAAUUUCCAUGAAUGCUUUAAGUCUUGUUGCCAGACUUGUGCUGGUCACUGAAUGGAUGGAUAGUCAUAUUUUGUCUAUUUUCAGGUUAUUCUAAAAUGUCAAUAAAAAGUGUUUCAAGAUUUUAGUCAAGAAAUCUAAUUUUUGAACAUGCUACAGUAAU